AAAUCUCCCCCACUGUUAUAUCUCAUCUAUCUAUCUAUCAAUUCCUUCUUCCUCCGCAUUAACCAAACCAAAUCAAUAUGGCCCUCGAGACUUGGCUAAUUAAGGUCAAGACCGCCGUCUCCAACAAAUUCGAUGUGGUUCGAACUUCAACUAUCCUCAACACCAAACCCACAUCGGCUAAGAAAUCGCCGAACCUCGGCGUUUUGGCCUUCGAGAUUGCUGGCCUCAUGUCCAAGCUUUUGCAUCUAUGGCACUCCCUCUCCGACCACAACAUUCUUCGUCUCCGAGAAUCUAUUUCUCUCGAAGGUGUCCUUAAGAUUGUCUCUAACGACGACACGUUCCUCCUCGGCCUCGCCUGCGCUGAAAUGACCGAAAAUCUUCGCCUCCUCGCCAACUCUGUCUCCCGCUUGACCAUUAAAUGUCACCACGCCCAUCUUCGAUCCUUCCCUCGCUUCUUCCACGACUUCGCCGACUCCGGCCGCGAUCUUCACAAUUGGAUUAUGAGCGAGAAAGAAAUGGAGUGUAGGAACAAGAGGAUUGAGAGAUUAGUUACAUUCACUGCAGCUCUUCAUAGAGAAAUGAAUGAGCUUUCAAUUAUGGAAACUGGGUUAAGAAAAGCAGUGGCAAAUUUAGAGUUCUGUGAUCAAGAGAAGAGUUCACCAUUAGAGAUCUCUCUCAAAGAGCAAAAGAUCCUCGACCUCCGACACAAGAUCUUAUGCCAGAGACAAGAAGUAAAGUAUCUAAAAGAGAAAUCUCUCUGGAACAGAACAUUCGACACGGUGAUUUUAAUUCUAGCAACCUCAAUUUUCACAACUCUAGCAAGAAUUAAGGUUGUUUUUGGUAUUGCUCAAACCCCAUCUUCUCUCCCACGUAGCCUCUCCGCCUCUGCCGCUGUCCACCCGCUCAAGAACUUAAACGACAAUGGAAAAAACGCAUUGUUUGAAUCCAAUUCGAAACUUUUAAAGCCUCCCCCGACCACAUUGGGAGCGGCGGGGUUAGCCCUGCAUUACUCCAACCUGAUCAUAGUGAUGGAUAAAAUGAUCAAGGCUCCGCAACUAGUUGGCAUGGAUGCGAGAGACGAUCUUUACUCAAUGCUACCAAAGAGCAUUCGGUCGUCGUUGAGAGCACGGUUGAGAGGGGUUGGGUUCAUAGCGAGCGAUCCGUCGUUGGCAGGAGAAUGGAGGGAGGCAAUGGGGAGGAUAUUGGGAUGGCUGUCGCCAUUGUCACAGAACAUGAUAAAAUGGCAAAGUGAAAGGAGCUUUGAGCAGCAAAAUUACAUGGCACCAAAGACUAAUGUAAUGCUUUUGCAGACGCUUUAUUUUGCUAACAAAGACAAGACAGAAGCCGCCAUUACAGAAUUGCUUGUGGGGUUGAAUUAUAUUUGGAGAUUUGAAAGAGAAAUGACUGCCAAGGCCUUCUUUGCCUCCAACAAUUUCACUGCCUCUUGAUGUCUGUUGUAUAUUUUUAUUAUACAAAGUAUAUAAAUUAUAUGAUGAUUAGGAUCAAAA